AUGUCGAGUGUGGCGAAGAAAGAUAAGCCGACAAUGUCAGUGACUGCGCUGAUGCAGUGGGCGCGCCCUGCCCCGCCGGGGCAGCCGCAGCCGCCGCCGGCCACCCCAGCGCCUUCCGCCAAUAUGCUGCAGUCACCUGGCACACCCACCAUGUCCAACGUUGAUUACUCCAUUGAUAUGCAAUGGCUGAAUCUGGAGUCGGGGUUCAUGUCGCCGAUGUCACCGCCCGAGAUGAAGCCGGACACGGCCAUGCUGGACGGCGGUAUGCGGGAUGAUGCCACCUCACCGCCGGCGUUGAGGAAUUAUCCGCCCAACCAUCCUCUGAGUGGAUCGAAACACUUGUGUUCUAUAUGCGGCGAUAGGGCGUCAGGGAAGCACUACGGCGUAUACAGUUGCGAAGGCUGCAAAGGCUUCUUCAAACGAACGGUGAGGAAGGACCUCACGUACGCCUGUCGAGAAGAGAGGAAUUGCAUAAUAGACAAGCGGCAGCGGAAUCGAUGUCAAUUUUGCCGCUACCAGAAAUGUCUCGCUUGCGGGAUGAAGAGGGAGGCCGUGCAGGAGGAGAGGCAGCGGGCAUCGCGAGGAGUCGAAGACACGUACCCCAGCAGUUCCGUACAGAUCGUUCAAUUGCAGGAACUAUCCAUCGAACGACUUCUAGAGAUGGAAUCGCUGGUCGCAGACACGAACGUGAACUUCCAAAUCCUUCGCGUCGGACCAGACACGAACGUGCCGCCCAGGUAUAGGGCGCCAGUCUCCAGCCUCUGUGAAAUAGGUAACAAACAAAUCGCCGCGCUCGUUGCGUGGGCGCGUGACAUCCCACACUUCAGCCAGCUGGAGAUGGACGACCAGGUGUUACUCAUCAAGGCGUCCUGGAACGAGCUCCUGCUGUUCGCGAUAGCUUGGCGUUCCAUUGAGUUUCUUGAGGAGGAGCGAGAGAACAUGGACGGCACGAGCACUGCUUCGCCGCCGCAACUCAUGUGUUUUAUGUCUGGCAUGACCCUACACCGUAACUCGGCGCUGCAGGCUGGCGUGGGUCAAAUCUUCGACCGAGUCCUCUCCGAACUGUCGCUCAAGAUGCGAGCGCUUCGCAUGGACCAAGCCGAGUACGUAGCUCUCAAAGCCAUCGUGCUUCUUAAUCCAGAUGUGAAAGGGCUGAAAAACCGACAAGAAGUCGACGUUUUAAGAGAGAAGAUGUUCUCAUGUCUGGACGAGUACUGCCGUCGGUCACACAGUACAGAAGAAGGUCGCUUCGCCUCACUACUGCUUCGGCUCCCGGCGCUCCGGUCCAUCUCGCUCAAGAGUUUCGAGCACCUGUUCUUCUUCCACUUGGUGGCCGAGAACAGCAUCAGCAGCUACAUACGAGAAGCGUUACGUAUGCAUACGCCGUCUAUCGACGCAAACUCUGCCAUGUAA